UAAUUCCGCUCGAACGAAAGACUAGGUUGGCUCGCUCCGCUCGCCAAUAAUACUGCAUCCUCAUGCACUUUGUGAUGCGUGUUUGGUUUCUCUGACAUGUUUUUGCUUAUUCUGGGUUGGUAUGUAAGCCACCGUAUUUCAGGGAUGCCUACGCACCUCGCGCUCGCUUGGCCCGCGUCGCGCCCGACCCGAGGUCCUCUAGCUGUGUGGAAAAUGCUAGUGGUAAGCUUCUCCCGGCCACGGGACCUGCUAGCUGCUCUGCUGUGUCUGUGUAGUUGGAUGACACUGACAGUGGAAGGACUGACUAUAACUGUGAAUAAUGGUCAAAUAUCCGUUUCUAAUGAUAACAUGAUGAGGAUCAGUGUGUAUGACUUUGAGUUUGUGAAUUCAAAUAGUGAUGGAGAUACUCCAGUCCCUUGUGCUUUUCCAGACCCAGAGUACGUAGCGUUUACUAGUGGUAGUGGUUUUAUAACUCGAGGAUGGAGUGGAAGGAGAGCUAAUGAAGAUGGUUAUAGAGUACACUACUUGUGGAGAAGGAGGGAAACUCCAGAGGAAGGAUAUAUCAACUGCCAUAUGAUUGAUGACACUAACCCUGUAUUAGGACUGUACGUCCUCUACUCCAUCACUGGGGUAACUGCGGCUAUUGAGGUGGAGACAGGAACAUCGACAUUCAGAGUGAGGUGUACCUCCACUGGUGGUAGAGCUCUCAACAUGGCGGUCUCUGGACCUAAUGGAUACAACUCUGACAUCAGUACCAACAUAGAGCCAAUUGGUACUCCACUGUUUCUGAGAAAUGACAGGUACACUGCCAGGACAGAUGUCAUAUCCAGUGGCAUGGUUGGAGAUGAAUUCCAGUGCAAUGUCACUAGUGUUGACUCAAUGACUGACGUUGUAACUGUGGAAGUUGCUACAGCUCCAACCCUCGAUUCACUGGUUCAAACAGCUCUCACUGCCGUCAGAGUGGCCUGGAGUUCACCAUCUGAAACCUCAAUAACUGGCCACAGAGUCCGCUACUCUCUUCUGGUGGAAGUGUGACUAUGACUGAUAUUAUGAGCUCUACAACUAGAGUCAUCUCUGGUCUCACUAAUGGAGAGACAUACACCUUCUCAGUAGAGGUUAUCACCAGCAGCAACAGGCUACCUGGAGUAUCUGAGGAAAUGACUAUUACACUGGCUCCUGACACUCCUGAAGGUGUAUUGACUGCUGCAGAAUCAUCCUCAGUCACUGUGUCCUGGGGGGCAGUGGGAGAUGCUGACAGAUAUACUGUCACAUUCUCCAUGGCUCAGGGAACCAAUCAGGAGGGACUAUGUUUUACUGACUCUCAUACUGCCACUCUGACAGUGCAGUGUUCCCUCCACUACUGUCAGUAUUGCUGUAGGAGGAGAUGUGGGGUCAACAGUGACUGAUGAGUUGAGAGCCUACACCACAUAUGAGGUGACUGUGGAGGCAGUCAGUGAUGUUCGAGGUACCAGUCGACCCAGUGGGACCAGGAGAGUUCUAACACCACAGACAAGUGCAAGAGAGGCUCCUGGGGAUGUGAGAGCAGAGGCUGAGAGCUCCACUGACAUCUCUGUCCAGUGGAGUGGCCUCUCCAACUGUAGACUGGUCAAUGGUCGAAUCACUAGUACAGAGUUCAGUACACAGCAAUGACUGAAGACUAUACAUUGGGAGAUGGUGAAGACUGGAGGAGUGGAGGCCGAGUUACUCUGACCGGACUGACUCCCUCCACAAACUACUCCAUAUCAGUAGCUGCUGUGAAUGAGAAUGGAGAUGUUGGGCUCUACUCUGACCCUGUGACAACAAUGACACCCAAUGUACUACUAAUAUGCUCAGUGCUAAAUGUUGUGCCCUAUGUACAGGUAGUUGUGAAUCUGCUGAUAGUCUCCAAUCAUGUGGUUCAACUGGUAUGAUUGUUGGAGUGGUGAUAGGCCUACUUGGUGUAGCAGUGGGUGUCUCUGGACUCAUCGGUGGAGCAGUUAUUGCCAAAAGACACAGACCAGCUGAGGUCAAGGGAGACAUGGCAACAGGGGCCAACCCAGCGUAUGGUAUGAGUGGUCCUCAUGGGAAACCAGCAGAGACUGAAGGAGAGUACGAGAUUCCUAAGUACACCUAGCCACCAUCUGGGGCUGAGGGGAUUUAUGAGGGUGUC